AGUACAUGAAGUUGCUGUGUGAAGGAUGGCGGUGACGGUAGCCCGCUUCACAAUUGCUUUUGUACAAUGUUGACUGGACUUUGGCAAUGUUGUGUCAUUGGGGAAUGAUGAAAUCCACAGAAAAGGAAAAGUGUGUUUGCUCGUGACGAGUGGGAGAGGAUGACUGAGAGCCCAGGGGAACACGAACCAAAAAGAAUUCCCGCCAGAUCUGUUACUGUGCGCAAGAAACCACCAGAGGGCACGUUCAAACUGCAUGUCAUCUUCUUAGAUGACAGUGAGAAGAUAUUUGAGGUGGAGCAAAGGAUCCUUGGAAAUGAUUUGUACAACAAAGUUUGUGGGCACUUGAAGCUGUUGGAAAAAGAAUAUUUUGGCCUUGAGUUCCGUCACCAAUGUGGCAGCUAUAUGUGGCUGGACUUGCUAAAGCCCCUGGCCAAGCAAGUAAAAAACACCAGAGAUCCUACAUUCCGCUUCAUAGUGAAGUUCUUCCCACCUGAUCCGGGUCAGCUACACAAAGACCUGACCAGGUACCUGUUUGCAUUGCAGAUUAAGCAGGACUUGUCCAAUGGGAGUCUUACAUGCAAUGAUAACAGCGCAGCUCUACUCGUCUCACAUUUACUACAGUCAGAGCUGGGGGACUACGAGGAGCAGCUGGAUAUUCAACACCUAGAGAGGAAGAAGUAUGUGCCCAACCAGGAGUGCCUCCACAAUAAGAUCCUGCGCUUCCACAAAAGACACAGGGGCCAGACUCCAGGCCAGGCAGACUGCCAGCUGCUGGAGGUGGCUCGCAAGCUGGAUAUGUACGGGAUCCGGCCGCAGGCUGCCAGUGAUGGAGAGGGAACCAAGAUCAACCUGGCCGUCACACACUCUGGAGUGUUAGUCUUCCAGGGUAAUACUAAGAUAAACACUUUCAGCUGGGCCUCAAUCCGCAAACUGAGCUUCAAAAGAAAACACUUUUUGAUAAAACUCCACGCCAAGAUUCUGCCUUCUCGUAAGGACACGGUAGAGCUUGCCAUGGCCACCCGUGAUGUUUGCAAGGCCUUUUGGAAGACGUGUGUGGAGUACCAUGCCUUCUUCCGUCUUCCCGAAGAGCCCAAGUCCAGACACAAGUCCCUCCUUUACAGUAAAGGCUCAUGCUUCCGAUACAGUGGUAGGACUCAGAAACAACUGCUGGACAGUGUCAGGAGAGAAGAGAGGAAGAACCUACCAUUUGAAAGGAAGUUCUGUAAAGCUCACUAUGACAACAGGCAGGUUAGGUCUUCACCUGACCUCCUCACUGAUGUCUCCAAACAGGUGUAUGAGCAGACCGGUGGCUUCCCGUAUGCCGCCUGGGCCCCGGGUGGGAAGCGCAGUCAGUCUGCUGUGGGGGAGCCCCGCCCCCAGCCCCUCCCCCAAGAGCCCAACACCUCCACCUUCGCCCAGUCCCGCUCCUCCUCUUUCUCUGGGGAUGUGGCCGAGCGAGGGCCCCCCCGGCGUCAGGUGCCCGAGGGCCACGGCGAAGGGCCCAACGCCAGGGCCAGACCGGGGCCUCAGAGAGGCCGACUGCUGGUCAACACCCAGCCAUUGGUCCUGCUCUACCCCACCCCCCACCAGUAUCCCUGCCCAUUCCUGUACCCCUGCCCAUGCCUGGAGCUCCACCCUGUCCUGCCCCUCUCUGCUCAGGCUUACAUGUCGGGCUGCUCCUCGUUCUCCCUGGACCAGGCUCCAGCACCGCUGCACCGGCCCCUCUACACACACCCCCGGCCCCUCCCCCGGUCCGCUCUCCUGGAUGAAUUCAUCCGCUCCUCCAGCUUCUCCGGCCCGUCCACAUUGUCUCCCUGCCUGCGGUGCCAUCGCCGUAACGGGCUCCCGCUUCCACCGGGCUUUAAUGCGGCUCCUGGCCUGUACACCGCUGCCCUGGCCGGCUUUGGGGCCACUUGGAGGGAGUCUGGCAGAGAGGAGAGCGCGGGCCACUUCAGCGACGACUCGAGCUACCAGGCCGGCCUGCCGAAGCGCUCCUGGAGCCAGUCUGAUACGAAGCCACUCCGGCCCCACACCAGCGCCCCGGCAGCAGAGUUCCGCCCUCUGGGUCAUUACCCCCACCUGUCGCGGCGACACUCGCCUGCACGACCGACCCACCUUCCGUUAAACACUUCCCCCAUGCCCGAGCGGACCGCUUCUGUGUGCCUCCUGGGGACCGGGAGUAGGACGGGGAGCGGAGAAUUCAGCCUCAGCGAUUCGGACUCGGAUGUCGUGUUCCCCUACCACUGCCCUGGGCUGGGGAGACUAGUGCGUUCCGGUCCCCUGGCUCGGAUGGGCAUUUCAUCUGGUAGUCUACAGCUGGACGAGGAAGAGGAAGACACCUUCAACCUAAGUGACCCCGAAGGCUCUGCCGCUUCUAAGCGGUCAUGAGCCACACACAGAGACCCAACUGAAGAGGCCACGCAUUCUGGACAGCAGCAGUCGAUUUUUGUCCGUCCCCACCAGAUGUGAUUAUGGCAAAAUAAUACCAAAAUAAAAUGUGACCAACAGUAAGGAUCUUGGUUUCCUUUCAAACUCUGGAUUCAUUUCUGGAGGGGUGAAAACAGAAGAUGAACGCAUUGUAGU